AUGAAAACUCUGGAAGAUGAAACUUUGAGAAUCAAGAUACUAGAUGAUGAUGAUUUAAAAUUAGUAAUUGAUUCUUUUCAAGUGCCGAAGAUCUUUGUAUCAGUUCUUCAAAAGAUAAAUGUUCCUUUUUCUAGUUUUGUGAAUAUGUUGAACUCUCAAGUCACAAAUGUGAAUAUGAAACAACCACUGUUUGAAACGCUACAAAAUUCUCAAAGAAACAUGGAUCAACUUAUAGUGCCUAGACAUGACGUUCAAACUGAAAAUGUUGCUGCCAAUCAUUUUGAGCGCAUUGCCAAUAAUGUUGUUGAUGGUGAACAUGGUGUUGAUUGGGGUUAUAGUGAGAAUGUUGACAGUUUGGAUAGUUUAGGUGAUGCUUUUGAUGAUGGUUGUGAUGAUGAUGACGAUGAUGAUGAUGAUGACGAUGAUGAUGAUGAUAGUGAUGGUUCAUAG